CACUGUUUUCAAAAUUAAUCAUACACUGCUAAGACUCAAGAUUACAUUGCUGGUGCUUUUUUUUAAAUAUUAUGCAAACAUUCUCAUCUGCUUAAAAUGUAUUGGGUAUGUAUAAACACUCUCAACAGUUCACACCAAAGAAUGAGUACAGAGAAGCCAGCAAUCAAAGCUAGAACAUUUUUGAAUUAUUCUACAUCUGAUGAAGAAUGUGACUCAUUUUAGCAGAAAACAACAAGAAAUGUACAAUCAGCAAUGGCCAUUUUCCAUGGUAUUCAAGAGAGACCGCUCAACAGGGAUACUCUAAAUGCAGCUAAAUGAAGGAUAUUCAAGGGAAUGAAUGUGUUGUUUUAAAAAGGAAUAUGGAUGUGCAUUAACUUCCUGUAAACUUCAGCUCUGACAGAUCACUGCGGUGUACCACGCCCAGCCAAGGCGGCUGCCAGCCACGGGGGAUAACAACACCCCAACAUGAAAUGUAUCUGAAAAAGGUUUGUCGAGUGUUUGAGUCUUAGUCAAUUUGGCGCGGCUCUCCUGGCUGAGGGCCGGCCCCCGGCUGUCAGACGAGGAGGCUGGGGCCCUCCGGCGGAGCGAGGGGUGGGCCAAGGUGUCAUCGCAGAGGUGGAGAAGGUGUGGGGUUUUCAUCAAAUUCAGGAAGUGACAUCAGGACUGAGUCAGGGCGCCUGAGGCAAACUGAACUUGGCGGCUGGCAUCCCCCCCCCAGACUUGCCGUUGCUCAACUCCACUCUCUCACUGCUGAAGGCCCAGCUCACAUCAUCCCCCCCAAAAAAAGAGAGUGUUAGAGCAGUGAAAACGAACAGGCACGGCCAUCAAUCCCCCCCCCCUGGACAACUCUCUGCGCCGCCACAACCAAACCACAGGCCCGGCACGCUGCUUGUGAGCAAAGGGCGAUGGUGAUGGCGAAGAGCUCAAAACUGACCGCGCUGCUCCAGACCUCUUGUUGAGAACUGUUGUUUCUCGUCCCCUUGUAGACAUGGAUUCCAGCUCCAACGGCUCCUGCGGGAACUCCAGCUCGAUCCAGUCUGUUGUGUUCGCGGCGCUGUUCCCCCCGCUCUACGCCAUCAUCUUCAUCGGGGGGCUCGUUCUCAACAGUCUGGCCGCCUGGAUCUUCUUCCAGAUCAAGAAUCGGAGCAGCUUCAUCCUCUAUCUGAAGAACAUCGCCGUGGCGGACUUGGUCAUGACCCUGACUUUCCCCUUCACCAUCGCCAGCGAGUCCGGCCUGGGGCCCUGGCAGCUGAAGGCCUUCGUGUGCCGCUAUUCGGCGGUCGUGUUCUACGCCAGCAUGUACGUCAGCCUCUCCUUCCUGGGCCUCAUUAGCCUUGACAGAUAUCUCAAGAUAGUAAAGCCCUUCGGGGAGUCUAAACUGUAUAACUUCACUUUCACGAAGUUUGUGUCGAUGGGCGUGUGGCUGGGCAUGAUAUUCCUCUCGUUGCCAAACACCAUAUUGACCAACAAAACCCCAACAUCCGAAAACGCCCACUGUUGCACCUACCUGAAAAGUGACCUUGGCCUAAAAUGGCACGCAGCUGUGAGCUAUAUUAACAUUUGCAUUUUUAUAGCGGUCUUGGUCAUUCUCAUCGCCAGUUACAUAUCGAUCUACAAGCAUGUCCACAGGUCGAACCAGCAGUUUGUGUGCACCGCCAAGAGGGAAACGAAACCCAGCCAGAAUAUUUAUAUCAUCCUGGUGGUUUUUUCCAUUUGCUUUGUGCCCUACCACCUGUGGAGGAUCCCCUUCACCCUGAGUCAGAUCGACAAGCACUUCGGCGAAGUCGGGGACGCCGUCCUCAUGUACGGCAAAAGAAUCACCCUGUUCAUGUCGGCCUGCAACGUCUGCCUGGACCCGGUGAUCUAUUUCCUGAUGUGCAAGUCCUUCACCAGAAAGCUAGGGAGAAAACUCCACCUGGGACACCACUCCUCCCUGAACGAUUCCCGGCAGAGCACCCGGAGGACUCAGGUGCGGAGAUUUCGAGAGUACCCCUCCGCCAGAGAGUAGGGACCACGCGAUCUCUCGCAUCUCCCAGUGCGUGUGCGGAAGGCUGCUUGAGGAACCUUUCAGAGUUUCUAGCAAGGACAGAACCCCCCCCCCAGUAAACAGGCCAGCACUUGUGGAAUGUGCUGUAGGCAGAAACUGAGCAAAUACAAGUGUUAAAAAGCUACUUUGCAGUAAAACCGCUGGUGUUAUAUACAGUAAGAAUAGACUGGCAGUGCACUGUAUGUUUCGGGCAGGAAACCCAAAAACAAAAGUCUGACACAUAUGUAUGUGACUUUAAAGUAAUAUUUCACAAAGGGACGCUGCACCAUAUUUUCUCUGCUCUCUGUCGUGUCUGUAAACAAGAGUGGAUUGCUGUGAUCUCGGAGCCAAAGUCAGAGAGAGCUCUGAAGCCACACUGGAGCACUCUGAAGCAGUGAGGAAGCCACAGACACGAAGAAGAGCUGGGAGAGCUUUCUGCAGAACUAGCAGACGAACCUCGUGCUCUAUUUCUGGCUGUGCAAAAUGGGUCACAGCUGAAAGAAAAAAAUAUAUAUGUAAUGUAUGUGUGCGUGUGUAUCUCUGUGUUUGUAAAGUGCUUAUAAAGGCAGCUGGCCAAUUCAAACAGCCCUACGGUAAAAACAGACCAUCCUUGAACAACACCAGCGUCCACCACAUUUUGUACCCCAGAAAUUCGUCUUGAUACCGAUAAUGUUCUUUUUCAAGAGCAAAGUGUAUUUGUAACAAGUACAAGUAACAAGUGUAACGUAAUGUAACAAGUACAUUGGAAAUCUCAUUGGUGCUUGUUCUCUCUGUGUACAGAUAGGUGAAGACAACAAGAAAUAAAAACAAUAUUCAAUGUA